AUGAAGAGAGUGGUCACACUGUUUUGUUUAUCCACCCAGGCUUUCUAUUUCUCCCGUGACGAUGUGGCUCUGCGUGGCUUCGCGCAUUUCUUCAAGGAGAACAACGACGAGGAGCGGGAGCACGCCGACAAGCUACUCUCCUUCCAGAACAAGAGAGGUGGACGUAUUUUACUCCAGGACAUCAAGAAGCCAGAACGUGAUGAGUGGGGCAAUGGGCUGGAGGCCAUGCAGUGUGCUCUGCAGCUGGAGAAGAAUGUGAACCAGGCCCUGCUGGACCUGCACAAGAUUGCCUCUGACAAGGUUGACCCCCAUCUGUGUGACUUUCUGGAGACCCAUUACCUGAAUGAGCAGGUGGAGGCCAUUAAGAAGCUGGGUGACCACAUCACCAACCUCACCAAGAUGGAUGCUGGCAAAAACAAGAUGGCAGAGUACCUGUUUGACAAGCACACCCUGCGAGGCCAGAGCUAAACCACUUCCAUCCCCAGGCUACGGCCUCCAGCCUCAGACCAGGACUCCUGGCUUCUCUGAUAGAUCCUACUGGCUUUGCAUUUAUAGGGAGGGGAGUGUUAAACUGGUGCAGUGCAACACAGCUGUAACAUUGAUGUUUCUGUUGACAACACUAUUGUAUUUGAGGCAAGGCAUCUUGUAAAACAAUAAAAAAUAUCACAAGUGUUGACCUGUA